UUGCAGUCUCUGUAACUGAGGUCAAAACAGACAUAUUCGUCACAAGUUUUGGACCAGUGUCUGAUGUUAAGAUGGAGUUCACCAUGGAUAUGUUUUUCCGCCAAAUGUGGGUUGACGAGAGGUUAGCCUUUCAGGGGCCCGUCGAAAUCUUGCCUUUGAAUAAUUGCAUGGUGGACAAGAUCUGGACGCCCGACAUGUUUUUUCGCAAUGCUAGGACGUCCCUCGCACACAACAUGACGUCUCCUAACAAGCUGUUUCGAAUCAUGCAAAACGGAACGGUCUUUUACACUAUGAGGCUGACUGUAAGUGCAGUAUGUCCAAUGGUGUUGUUGGACUUUCCUAUGGAUGGACACACAUGUCCUCUCCUGUUUGGAAGCUAUGCUUACACUAAUAAUGAAAUCGUCUACACGUGGAGGAAGGGUCUUCAAGCAUCAGUAGAUUUUCCUCCAGAAUCAUCAAGCUUACUUCAGUAUGAUCUUGUGGGCCAGACCUUGUUCAGCGAAACAUAUAAGUUCAGCACAGGUCUGUAUUCUGUCCAGGUUGUCCAUUUCUAUCUUCAGAGGAAGCUUGGCUACCAUCUCAUCCAAACGUACAUCCCAUUAAUUAUGGUGGUUGUGCUGUCACAAGUUGCAUUCUGGAUCAACAAGGAGUCUGUCCCGGCUCGAACAGUGGCUGGAAUCACCACUGUGCUCACCAUGACCACUCUGAGCAUCAGUGCCCGCUCCUCGCUGCCCAAAGUCUCCUACGCCACCGCCAUGGACUGGUUCAUCGCCGUCUGCUUUGCCUUCGUGGCUUCGGCCCUCGUCGAGUUUGCGGCGGUCAACUACUUUGCCACGCUCGAGGCCAACAGGGAAAAACGCCGGCUCUCCAGGGCCUCCAUUCUGGAGUCCAUAGCCCAGGGCAGCGACGACGAGCCGGAGACUCCUCAGUCUGAUACCAGUGGCUUUACCCGCAGAAGACGGGCGAACUCUGUGUCCGAGGCGCCUAGGAAUCGCUAUCCCAUCUUCCUUCAGGGCUCGGCCGUCCCACCCAACAUGAUGCUGGCAGGCACCGGUGCCAUAGACAAAUACUCCCGCGUCCUCUUCCCUCUGGCCUUUGGGAUCUUCAACCUCAUCUACUGGUACAUCUACCUCAGCAAGGACACCAUGGAAAAGCCCAGGGAGAUCGAGUGAGUUUCUCCUGAGAAGACAAGACCGUGUUCUCGACUUUCCUUUGGACCUCUGUCUCUCACUUUCGUCAUCUAGCAACUUCAUCCCUGAUAGAGCACAAGGCUGUCUGACACUAUUUGACAAGCAUUUGAUCCUGUUCCUUUCCUAUUUGAUCACCUAUAUAGACUUUCCACUCCAUUUGCCUUUAUAAUCGCAGCUGAGGGCCACGUCGUUAUACUAACCCUGGUACAUUGCAAACCCUCCUCUGG